AUGCUUUGCAAAGCAAGAAAUUAAUAGAGCAUAAGUCUUCUAAAGGACGAGAACAAGGGCUGCACACCACAUAGAGAAGAUGGGAACUAGGAAAUGGCCUCCAUUAAUCAUUGCAUUAGCAUUUUGCCUAAUGGCUAUGAGUGUUAGUGCUGAAGAUAAGCCUUACUAUGGCCAACCAUCCAACUACUAUCCGCACCCCAUGCCCCCACCAUAUCAGCAAGUAAACCCACCUUAUUAUUACAAGUCACCUCCAUAUUACUAUAAAUCUUCACCACCACCCUCUCCAUCACGGCCACCUCCUUAUGUUUCCAAAAUCCCUCCAUAUUAUUACAAAUCACCUCCACCUCCAUCUCCAUCCCCACCACCACCAUAUGUUUACAAGUCUCCUCCACCACCAUCUCCAUCACCUCCUCCACCAUAUGUCUAUAAAUCACCACCACCCCCAUCCCCUUCACCACCUCCUCCAUACAUUUAUAAGUCUCCCCCUCCUCCCUAUGUUUACAAGUCACCGCCGCCACCAUCUCCUUCACCUCCUCCACCAUACGUCUAUAAGUCUCCACCUCCCCCAUCUCCCUCUCCUCCUCCACCAUAUGUUUACAAGUCUCCUCCUCCUCCAUCACCUUCACCACCUCCACCUUAUGUUUACAAGUCUCCCCCGCCACCAUCUCCAUCUCCACCACCUCCAUAUGUUUAUAAAUCUCCUCCCCCGCCAUCUCUCUCACCCCCUCCUCCAUAUGUCUACAAAUCUCCACCCCCACCAUCUCCAUCACCUCCUCCACCAUAUGUUUAUAAGUCACCACCACCUCCCUCUCCAUCACCACCCCGUCCAUAUGUUUACAAGUCUCCACCUCCUCCAUCCCCUUCACCUCCUCCUCCAUAUGUCUACAAGUUCCCACCCCCAGCAUCUCCUUCACCACCUCCUCCAUAUUAUUACAAAUCUCCACCACCACCAUCUCCCUCGCCUCCUCCCCCAUACAUUUACAAGUCACCGCCACCUCCUUCACCUUCUCCACCUCCUCCAUAUGUCUAUAAGUCAUCACCACCACCGUCUCCAUCGCCACCACCUCCAUAUGUUUAUAAAUAUCCUCCCCCACCAUCUCCAUCACCUCCUCCACCAUAUGUUUACAAGUCUCCACCACCACCAUCCCCAUCACCACCACCUCCAUAUAUUUAUAAGUCACCUCCCCCACCAUCACCUUCACCACCACCACCAUAUGUCUACAAAUCUCCACCUCCACCAUCACCAUCACCUCCUCCACCUUAUGUAUACAAGUCACCACCCCCACCAUCACCUUCACCUCCUCCACCUUAUGUAUACAAGUCACCACCCCCACCAUCACCUUCACCACCUUCUCCAUAUUACUACAAGUCUCCACCACCUCCAUCACCUUCACCACCUCCUCCAUACUAUUACAAGUCUCCACCACCACCAUCACAUUCGCCUCCUCCACCCUACCUCUAUAACUCACCCCCACCUCCUGUGUAUUACACCAUAAAUCUUCAAAAGACGACGACAAAGAUAAUUGCACAUUCAGAGAAGAUGGGAACGAGGCAAUGGCCUCGUUUGAUCAUUGCAUUAGCGUUUUGCCUAAUGUCUAUGAGUGUUGCCGCCGAUGAUAAACCUUACUAUGGCCAACCAUCCAACUACUAUCCACACUCCACACCACCAACAUAUCGCCAAAUAAAACCUCCCUACUAUUAUAAGUCGCCUCCAUAUUAUUACAAAUCACCUCCUCCACCAUCUCCAUCACCACCUCCGCCAUAUGUUUAUAAAUCUCCACCAUCACCAUCUCCUUCACCACCACCUCCAUACAUUUAUAAGUCUCCCCCUCCACCUUCUCCAUCACCUCCUCCGUCAUAUGUUUAUAAAUCUCCACCACCACCAUCUCCUUCACCACCUCCUCCAUACAUUUAUAAGUCUCCCCCUCCACCUUCUCCAUCACCUCCUCCUCCCUAUGUUUACAAGUCCCCACCUCCACCAUCUCCUUCACCUCCUCCACCAUACGUUUAUAAGUCUCCCCCUCCACCUUCUCCAUCACCUCCUCCGCCAUAUGUUUAUAAAUCUCCACCACCACCAUCUCCUUCACCACCUCCUCCAUACAUUUAUAAGUCUCCCCCUCCACCAUCUCCAUCACCUCCUCCUCCCUAUGUUUACAAGUCCCCACCUCCACCAUCUCCUUCACCUCCUCCACCAUACGUUUAUAAGUCUCCCCCUCCACCUUCUCCAUCACCUCCUCCGCCAUAUGUUUAUAAAUCUCCACCACCACCAUCUCCUUCACCACCUCCUCCAUACAUUUAUAAGUCUCCCCCUCCACCUUCUCCAUCACCUCCUCCUCCCUAUGUUUACAAGUCCCCACCUCCACCAUCUCCUUCACCUCCUCCACCAUACAUUUAUAAGUCUCCACCUCCUCCGCCCUCUUCUCCUCCUCCACAAUAUGUUUAUAACUCUCCACCCCCUCCGUCACCUUCACCACCUCCACCUUAUGUCUACAAGUCUCCCCCUCCACCUUCUCCAUCUCCCCCACCUCCAUAUAUUUAUAAGUCACCACCUCUUCCUUCUCCCCCUCCACCAUAUGUCUACAUGUCCCCACCACCACCUUCUCCAUCCCCACCACCUCCAUAUAUUUACAAAUCUUCUCCUCCACCAUCUCCCUCACCUCCUCCUCCAUUUGUUUAUAAGACACCACCACCACCAUCUCCAUCACCACCACCUCCCUAUGUCUAUAAGUCUCCACCUUCAUCAUCUCCCUCUCCUCCCUCACCAUAUGUUUACAAAUCUCCACCCCCACCAUCACCUUCACCUCCCCCACCUUAUAUCUACAAAUCCACUCCUCCGCCAUCUCCCUCACCACCACCUCCAUAUGUUUAUAAGUCACCUCCCCCACCUUCCCCUUCACCACCACCACCCUAUGUCUACAAGUCACCGCCACCUCCAUCUCCUUCUCCACCUCCCCCAUAUGUUUAUAAAUCUCCACCUCCACCUUCUCCAUCGCCUCCUCCACCAUAUUACUAUAAGUCACCUCCUCCUCCAUCACCUUCACUGCCUCCUCCAUAUUACUACAAGUCUCCCCCUCCUCCAUCACAUUCGCCUCCUCCACCAUAUCACCCCUACCUCUAUAACUCACCCCCACCUCCCGUAUAUUAAGUUUACGGCAAAAGCAAUUUGAUUUUGUUUCUUUUCAAUAAUUUAUGUUCAACAUUGUUGCAAUUAAUUUGUAAUCACUUGUGUAUUAAUAAUUGGGUCUACACUAAAGUGAAAGCCUUAUUUUGGUUGUAGUGUAGCCCAUGCUUGUGUAUUGGUUUUAAUUCGGAAGUGUGUAUUAAUCUCUCUUACCAAAUAUAUAUACAUUAAUACCAAAUUUUGUUCUU